AAUCAGAUUACAGCAGGAAAAUUUAACAUAAAAAUUUAGGGUAAUUCCUAAUUCAAACAGGUUUGAAUUUCACUAUAUUGAAAGCUGUUUAUGUUGUUUUAAUUUUUAUAAUAAAAUAAAUAUCAAAUAUCAUUUGAGCUGAACAAGUAUUACAUAGGUUAUUUUUGAACUUCACGUCCCACAGUUCCGUGCUGCAUCCCCUUUUCUACUACUUCCUCUCGCCUUGCGCAAGCUCACAUCGUAGGAGAAUGCGGAUUUCGAAGCUAAAAAGAAUAGCUAGCCAGUAAGCUAAAAACAAGCUUCUUGUUGUUGGGCUUCAGACUGGUUAAAUGUCUAAAACAAAUUCACAGCCCGCGUCGUCUUCGGCAGCGACGACCGCUACAGGGGGGCCAUCUUCGUCCUCGUCGUCUUCGCCCGCGGGGGGCUCGACAUCUCCCGCAACCGUGUUGAACGUACAGCCCGAGAAACCUCAACAUUACACAUAUCUCAAAGAGUUCAGAACAGAGCAGUGUCCCCUGUUUGUGCAGCACAAAUGUACACAGCACCGGCCUUUUUCCUGCUUCCAUUGGCACUUCUUGAACCAGCGGCGUCGCAGGCCCAUCCGCAGACGGGACGGGACGUUCAACUACAGUCCAGACGUCUACUGUACCAAAUACGACGAGGGAACAGGCACAUGUCCAGAAGGAGAUGAAUGUCCCUUCCUGCAUCGAACUGCGGGCGACACCGAACGGAGAUACCACCUCCGCUAUUACAAGACUGGAUCGUGUAUCCACGAAACGGAUGCGAAAGGCCACUGCAGUAAGAACGGCUCCCACUGUGCCUUUGCUCACGGAUCGCAUGACCUGCGCAGUCCCGUUUACGAUAUCAGGGAAGUGCAGGUGCUGGACUCUCAAGGAGGGUCGGGGACGACGGAAGGAGGAGGCAGCGGAGACGCGCAGUCGGGUCAAGCGGCGAGCACGGCUCUUAUAGAGAAGAUCUUGAGCGAAGAACCGCGCUGGCAAGAUAACAAUUAUGUGCUGUCCCACUACAAGACGGAGCUCUGUAAAAAGCCCCCCCGCCUGUGUCGUCAAGGAUACGCCUGUCCGUAUUACCACAACAGCAAAGACAGGCGGCGCAGCCCGCACAAGCACAAAUACAGAGCGCUGCCAUGUCCGGCGGUGAAACAGGGCGAAGAGUGGGGGGAUCCCAGCAAGUGUGAGGGAGCCGAGGGAUGUCAGUACUGCCACACGAGAACAGAGCAACAGUUCCACCCAGAGAUUUAUAAAUCCACCAAGUGUAAUGACAUGCAGCAAUGUGGCAGCUGUCCCAGAGGACCAUUUUGUGCCUUCGCUCAUGUUGAAAAGCCUUUUGCUGCAGAGGAGUCGAUAUUCCCCAGCCCCGGCUCCCCUCCUCCCCCGAGGCUCCCGGAUCCCCUUCCCGGCCACGACGUUUCCCAGAGUCCUGGUGGACACGGCAUGAGGCUCGGCUCCGCGUCAGACCACUUCUCCCCCUCUGCGGUGUCCUGCGUGGCAGAGCAAGGGCUGCUGGGUAGCGUUUUGUCGCUAUGUGAGGGUGCCAGCGGGGGAGGAGACCCGCUGUCUCCUUGGGCUGGGGACAGGGGGUACGGCAGGGCGCCGGGAUUUGAACGGGAAGAUCAGGCCAAACACAGAGGGUUCGCUCUCGAACAUCGGAGCAGGGAAUUUGCUUCGACGCAGAGCAAACAGGACUUGUUAGUGUUCCUCCCUGUCGGCAGCCCGUUGAGUCUGUCCUCCAGCAUCCCCUCCAGUCUAGCCGCCACGCCCCCCAGCCCCGCCGCUCUUGGCCCACCAGGGUCUGGCAUCUCCUCGGGAAUGAACGCCAAUGCCCUGCCUUUUUACCCCACCAGCGAGACAGUUGAAUCGGUCGUCGAGUCGGCUCUGGAUGAUCUAGAUCUGAAUGACUUUGGAGUUUCUGCGCUGGAGAGGAGCAUGGAGAGCAGUUCUGCCCUGCCCAGUGUUGGGGUGAUGCUAGGUAUUUCGAAACAUGAAGGAGGCAGCCAGAUUCAGAGUUCAGCUCCGGUCAACAUUCCAGGAUCGUUCAGCAGCUCCGCCCCGUUCAGCUCUCCGUCUCCGUCGCCCCCAGUCAGGCCACAGGCCUCACCUUUCUUCUCUUCUCACCCGUCACAGCCGAGCCUAUCAGAGAGCCCCUUCCUCGGACCAUCUCAUAGCACUUUAGGUCUGAAUGGCAUGAGCACAAACAUCUGGGAGCACUUCCCGUCGGGUCAGGGUUCUCCUGGCACCCCUCCCGCCCUGCUGCCCUCCGGCCCCUGUGCAGAGACCACCAGGCUCAAGCAGGAGCUGGAGGACGCUCACAGGGCACUGAAGCAGUGGGGUCACAGCUGGAGGCACACAGCUCAGUCGUGGGCCGCCGUCAAAGCGGACGCGGAGGAGUCUCGCGCCAACGCAGCCCGGUUUGCCGUGGAAGCCGAGCGGGCCCGGGAGGCUGAGGAGGAGGCGCAGAGGCAGAUCUCUCUCCUGCAGGAGGCGCUGGAGAGCUUGCGGAGCGGAGACAAUCCCCACCUUGCACUGCAUCAGCUCCAGCUGCUGCACCGCCUGCCGCUGGAGUCGGUCCUGAGCCUGCAGGCUCAACUCUGCAGCUGCUUACGCGCUGUGGAACAGGUGGUGUACAGGAAGCAGAGGCAGUGCUGCGUGACAUGCGGGGAGCACGGCUCGGCCUCGCUGCCCUGCGGCCACGGACUCCAGUGCGAGAGCUGCUCGUCGUCCACCGAGUGCCCGCUCUGCCCCGAACAGACCGCCGAGCAGCAGCUCUCCUGACCUCGCCGUGUCGUGGGACCGCUCCAGAUUCCACACCAGUCAGUCCUGAUUCCACACCUUGCCAGCCUCGGAUCCUGACCACCAUUUCGACGCGACUAAAAAGAGACCAAAAACCACGUCGCUGUGGCGCCGAUUUAAUCGCGCACUUUGAACGCGAAGGUCGCUGAGGAAGUGCUCUCGUCGCAGAGUUAGACGUCGUUAUUGUCGCCAGUGUUACCCAAGGAAAACAAUACAUUCUGCUAGUUAAUGCUCUCGACCAGCAACACUGUACUCCCCCCCCCCGCGAUUCACUUGUGAAAAUAACUUAAAAUACCUGCUGUUAUAUUUUACUCUGACCCCCUAACUAUGAAGCAUUUACAUAGCUAGUUUUUAAAUGAUAUAAUUCAAAAAGUAUAAUCUCACUUUAGUGACAAUAUUUCCCCCAGAGUGUCAUCCAUCCAUCCGGAGAGUUUUGUGAUUUGCCGGAGGGGGGCGGAAUAAAGACGUCCGCUUUUUGUAUUUUUAGCACUUAAAACUCACUCAGAGUUUGGCGUUGCCCCUCCCUCCUCCUCCUCCACAAAACAACAGGGAAAAAACUGUGCUGUGUUCGUCCUGGUGUUGUGAUCGUGUCGUCAGUCUGAAAACUGGCUGGAUGGAUGGAUGACACCGUAGAUAAUCAGUUUGUUUUUAAAAAAAUUAUAUUUCAGGGAGUAGGAACAUCUUUAGAGGAAAAUAAAAAAGGUCACUCUGGAAACACUUAAAGGGCAUAUUUCCAAUGAUUCUUUGUUGCUACAGCUCAUCACAGUGCUGUAAGCAGAGUGUCUUGCUUAUUAGUAAUUAAGAAAUUCAAAUAGCUAAAAAAAAA